AUCGGGGGACGCAAAUCAAGGGAAACAAACCGUCUGGCAGAAGAAAAGUUCAUGCUGGAGUUUAGAAACGUCUUUGAAAGACACAUGAAGACCAAAGUGAACAUGGAGAGCCUGAGCAAGGCGGAGUUGCUGAUGCUCUUUAGCAUCCUGGAAGGAGAGCUGCAGGCUCGGGAUGUUGUCAUUGAAGCUCUAAAGGCCCAAUGUAAAGAGCUGUUUAUCCAGGAACGCUAUGGUAGGUACAACCUCGGUGACCCCUUCCACGCCUUGCAGAGAGACAGUGAAAUUGUUGGGGGCCCAAAUAAGGAACCUGGUCGCUCUUCCCCCACCUCCAACCCUCUGGUGGUUCUCAAACUGGUGGUGAGCCACUGCAGGAAGAUGCAAGAGAAGAUGCUGGCCCAGCUGGCUGCAGCUGAGAGCAGGCACAGGAAGGUUAUUGCAGACCUGGAGGAGGAAAAGAGGAGGCAUGCUGAAGACACAGCAGAGGGAGAUGAUGUCACCUACAUUCUAGAAAAGGAGAGGGAGCGCUUACAACAACAGCUGGAAUUUGAGCGGAGUCAGGUCCGCCGUCUGGAAAAGGAGCAGAGACGGAUUACUGAGCAGCUCGAAGAAGAACGGGCUCAGCACAAGCAGCUCUCCUGUGCUCUGGCCAAAGAGUGCAAGUGGGCGAGUGCCAGGGCUCUGGAGGAGGGUCACCGCCUGACAGAACUGAACCGCAAACUUGACAAGGAAAAAGAUGCCUGUCAGACUCUGCGAAAGGAGCUGGAGGAAGAAAGGAUGCGAGCCCUGAGGAUGGAGGCGAGGGUGGAGGAGCAGCUUGCUGAGUUUGACACAGAACGAGAACAGCUUCGCUCGCGGCUGAAGAAGGAAGAAGCUCAUUGCUCCGAUCUCCAACAACAGGUGGAAGAUCUGAAGAGGAAGCUGAAAGAAGUGCAAGAAGUCUUUGCCUCUUCAAAUGAGGCAACAGGAAGAGAUCGGGUUAGAAAAGUUCCUGCAGGGAGCUUAUCAGUGGACAGUAUUAAGGUCGAGGACAUUGAAGAAGACCAUGCAUCUCGAUCUUACUGUCCAGGGGAGGCCAAUGGGUUUCAUGUGUCAAGCAUACAUUCAGAGAAAACGUCCUAUCAGAAUGGAAAUGAGACGCAAACAUCGCUUUCUCACUCCAGUGCAGCGUUUCCGUCUCAGUCUCAUUCCUCGCCUUGCACUUCGCCUGUUCUUGCCAAACGCACCACAGGCAGUGUGAGCCAGGGAGGAUACCAGUCUCCAUAUCAGGCUGGGAUCAACCAGCGUUUCCAUGCUGCCUGGCACAAGUUCCAGAGUUCCUUUGAGCCAGAUUCACAGAUCCAACCUGCUCAACCUGUCCCCUUGCUCUCACCAAAAGAGCUCUCCCCUGUGACCAGCAGCUCGUCUCCUGAGCCCAGCCCAGUCAAGCAGAUGGCCCGGAGCACAGUCACUCAGGUUCUGUCCCGGUUUACCUCCGUCCAGCAGAGCGGGUCAAUGAAACAGGGCACACCAAAUAACUCCCCAUUUGGUACAGACUACCGUAGCCUUGCAGCACCCCUGUCUCCUGCCACUGGGAGGGCCACAGGGGCCGUUCCACAGGGGGUCCGAUCACCAACCAUCUCCAGGGUGGAAAGGGGAAACCCCCCGCCUAUUCCUCCGAAGAAACCCGGUCUGGCCCAGGCUCCUCUUUCUCCAGCAGCCGUUCCAAAAUCUGGCAAUCAUUUCUCAGAGAGCCCCCUGUCGGGUAGCUGUGGCCUCAGCUCAACCCAGGAGGGCGUCAAAGAACUCGACAUGGUGGUCUCAUCAAAUUAACACAUUGUUCAGCCUUCAGAUACUUAAUCAAUCAGUCAAUCAAAUUUUAUUUGUAUAGCACAUUUCAGCAGCAAGGCAUUUCAAAGUGCUUUACAUCAUAACAAACACAAAAAUUAUAACUGAGAUUUACACAAGUCAGGAUUUAAAGCAGUUCUUUAACAAAAAUCCCCCUCAUGAUGUUAUAUGUAUUUAUUAAAUGUAUUUUAAACAUCAAUAGAGGCACUAUUUUAGGUGUCAAUAAAGAACUUAAGUCUAACCUAUUAAAAAAAGGACAUUCACACUAAUGAGCUCUUAUUUGAUCCCCAUAUGAGUCUGAAGUGUUUUGCUGGUUAAUGUAUAAAAAAAAAAUCAUCAUUGAAUACUACAAGUUUUACAGAUGUUUAUGUGCUACCAAGUCUUAUUUUAUUGUACAGUCUUAGUCUUAAAAGUUAUGAAUGUUUCAGAGUCUGUUAAUCACACAUUACAUCUACAUUGAUUCUUUGAUAUUCUCUUUGUAUAGUCAUGUUUAUCAAAGAGAAUGAUUACAUGCAGUUACUGUUGGAAGAGAUUUUAAAGUUGAAUGUUAUGCCUUUGUCAUUAGCGGAAUCCUGCAUUACUUAACUAUAAACCUUUGCUAUAAUUAGUAUCAGGGUUCUUCUGCCAUGUUGAUUAUUUCUGCCUUUAUCACAUGCUUUACAUGCUGGUUGAAAAGUGACAUAUUUAAUAAACUACUCUCAAAGUUAAA